AUUGUGAUGGAAUAUAUGAAACUUGGCGAUUUAAGAUCCAAUCUAACGAUAAAGAAAUACAAUCCAUUUGAUAAGUAUGAAAAUUUAUACUUUGUAGCAGAAUCACUUUCAGCAUUACAUAGAUGUAAUUUAGUUCAUGGAGAUCUUCAUAGUGGGAAUAUACUUUUAUUUAAUAAUAAUUUUGCUUGUAUAAGUGAUUUUGGAUUAAGCCAACCAGCAGAUAGACAUACUAAGUCUAAAGAAAUUUAUGGAGUAAUUCCUUACAUUGCUCCUGAGGUAUUACGUGGAAAUCAAUACAUUAAAGCUUCCGAUAUAUAUUCCUUUGGUAUUAUAAUGUGGGAAAUGAUGUAUAGUAUUCCUGCUUUUAAUAAUGUACCUCAUGACUUCAGACUAUCCCUAGAUAUAUGUCAAGGAUUAAGACCAAAGAUUAUUGACUGCACAGAAGUUGAAUAUAUGGAAUUAAUGAAAAGAUGUUGGGAUUCUGAUCCAAACAAAAGGCCAAUCGCUAAAGAACUAGUU